UUGAGGGAAAAUAAUAAAAGCGGCGCGCGAGAGGAGCGGCAACGGCGUAAACAAUCAGUGAAAGCGUUUACUGGUGUUGUUAAUAAAUCAGAAGCUAUAAAUUGAUAUGAAAUAGUGGACAAUAUGGAGUGUACUCAGAGGUUGGAGUGUACUCAAAAUUUAUAUGACACAAACACGGAGAGGACGUGCCCAGAACAGGUCGGAUUCCUGGGCAUAUGUGGAGUAAAACAUCCAGUCCUGAAAGGCCCAAACAAAAUAGGCAGAGAUCCCCAAACAUGUAGUAUCGUACUUAACUUAAAUUCUGUUUCGAGGCAACAUGCUGUGUUAAACGUACUAAAUAGUAGAGAGUUCAUGCUUAUGGACUUAGAUUCUGCUAACAAAACGAAGUUAUUGAAUAACAUACUACAACCGUACGUACCUCAGCCUUUAAGGGAUGGUGACACAGUGCAAUUUGGGGAUAUUUUCGGUGUAUUUAGGCUGCUAGAAGAAGAUAAUGAAUUGCCUAUGACCCAAGCAAUAGAUAUACCGGACACACCUAUGGUGAUUAAGCAUGUUUCCAAGAUAAACAAGGUUCCUACAACUUUGAUACCAGAAUCACCGGAUGUCAGUGAUCGGGAUGAUUCAUUUGCUACGCCACAAAACAGAAGCGCAAAAUCUAGAUUAUCCAACAGUUCCUUCAUACAUUUAAAUGCUAAACCUAUAUCAACCAAACCAGAGACCUCCCCUAAAACAUAUGGCAAUCGAAAGUCUUCCAAACUAUCAAAUUCCUUAAGUUUUAUAAGCAACCCUAAUAAGAGUUUGAAUGAAUCAUUAAUUUCUCUCAAAGCUGGUAAAAAUUUAAUAGAUGAUAUUCAUGAAUUGGACACGCAAGUGCCCAGUGCUAAAGCUAACGAAAGUACCGACUCAAUAUACACAGCGAAUACACAAGUUCCUCCACGAGUCUCGUCACCUUCUAUACACAGCUUAGACACACAAGUGCCUUCCACAGAACAUUUACCUCAAGUUCGCAAAAUUACCGGUCAACAUGAAAUGCAGUUAGACAUAUACGCAGCUAAUAAAGAGAAUAACAGAGACAUAUUUAACGCAGAAACGCAACCUUUCUUAUGCGAUGAAGCAUUAGAAGUUGCGAAUAAAAAUAAUUUGACAAAUAAGAAAAUCUCGGAUGCUUCAUCAAAAUCAGAGCCCAAAGACAAAUCAAAUACCUCAGAAGAAGAGGUGUUAUUUGAUGACCUUGACGGGGAGAUAUUUGACGAGGAUUUCAAUUCGCAAAAUAUACUACAAAAUGAUUUGCCAUUUAAAGAAGAACCUGUGAAAACUAUACCUAAGGAAUCUAGUCCAGCUGCAUCUAAAAGAGAUAAGAGGAUAGCAUCUGAUGCCUCGACAGAUUGUGAAGAUAUAGAAAUGUUGCCAACUCAGAAAAUACCUGAAUUACCCAGUGAAAAGAAUAAGCAGCAAAAUGACACCAAUUGCGUCAAGAGGACAACUAGAGUCAAAUCUGAUAGUUCCACAGAUUGCGAAGAUAUUGACAUCGCACCCACCCAAAUUAUACCUGAACUACCAAUCAAGAAGAAUACUACAAAAGAAGGAAAAAUUGACAAAAAUAGCAAUGUGAACCCAUCAAAGAGAGUUAAUAGGAUCAAAUCUGAUAGUUCUACGGAUUGUGAAGAUAUCGAUUUAAUCCCGGCCCAAAAAAUACCUGAAAAGAAAGACGUUGUAAACAAUGAAGAAAUCAUUGAAAUAAAUGAUGCAUGUUCAGACAAACCUGAUGAAGAUGACAUUGCAACGCAAAUAAUUGACUUAGAUAACUAUGUGAAAGAGAAAGUGCCAUUUGAAGACAUGCUCACCCAAGUUAUAGAUGUUGUUGAAGUUCCGAGCAUAUCUAAAAACGUUUCGUUUGAUAAACGGCCUGCACAAAUAAUUAAUGAUGUUGAAGUUGUUCCUAAGAAACAAAUAAAAGAGGUCGCAAGCCCGUUCAAGGUACCAUCUUCAAUAAAACUUAAAAGUAAAGAAAUUCCGAAAGCAUCGCCGAAAGAUGCUGAUAAAAAUAAGCAAGUGAAUGAUGAUAACUAUUAUAAUGCCACGCAAGACAUUUUAGAAGAUUUGUGCACUCAAAAUGAUUUAGAAGUUGCAGAUGACAAAUCUAAAGAAACAGUGAAACAUGACAAUGUCGCUCUUUUAAAGAGAAUACCCAGUGACUCGUCAGAUGAAAUGUCGACUCCUAAGAAGACGAAGCCGUUUGUAUUCACAGACAGUGAUUUACCGGAUAGCCAAGAAAUUAAGAAAAAUGUGUCGUCGCACAGCAGAGCUAAUGUCACUGACUCCUCCAGUGAAUCUGAAGUAGAAAACUAUUCAGAAGAUCAGUUUACUCCAGUAGUACAUCGCAAGAAGAAAAAAUCUAUUCCAAAGAUAGACCUUACUAAAAUGUUGGAUGUUGAUAAGCUACCAGUGAGAGUUAUCACUCGACAGCGAAAACCCACCGAUAAAAUGAAAGGUUGCAUCGAAGCUAAUAAAAAGUUAUCCUCUGACAUGCUAAAGCCAACUUAUUUAAUUGAACAAGAGGACCAAAUAGAUGGAGAUAUUAUCAUAGAAAAUAUAAAAAGACUCAAAACUUACGAAAAGGCAAAGGCUAACAAAGAAUCUAAAAUUGAAGAUAUUGUCAAAGAGGAAAAAAAAACAAGCACGUCACGGAAGAAAACUGGCAGUAAAAGUAGCGAACCCAAAGAAAAGAUUAAAGUGAAGAUUGAAAAACCUAAAAAGAAAGAAACAAAAACUAAAUCAGAAUCAAGAAAAGACAAGAAGAACAACGAAGCGGAAAAAGAUACAAGCAAAGAAGAAACAACUCGUACUUUGAGAACAAGAUCUAAGAAAGUCGACACUGUAGAUAAGAAUACUGAACAGAAACCUGAAAUAGAAAACAUUAAAAAAGAACCUGUUAACAAAAGAAAUUCAGCAGUCAAAAAACAAGAGAAAGAGAGAUCGAAAUCGCCUGAAAUCGAAGUAAGAAGGAGUAAAAGGCAGCGAAAGCCUGUAGAGAACUUGGAGGACUCGCAGAGAGGUCCUAAGUCUAUUUUGAAGAAGAGUUUACACGAACAGAGUACUGUUUACAAUAUGUCGAGUUCUAGCCCCGAGUCUCCUAAGUGUGUCAAGAGGCCUUUGGUUGACAGUGAUGCGCCGAGUCCGAAACGUACAAGGGGUGGCAACACUAGUACCAGUACUACGAGUCAGAAUAAUAAUACGACAGUUAGCAAUAUAAGUAAUAUAUCAUUAAGAGCGACACCGGCGAGGCAGAUGAAAACCCAACAUGUGCUGUUCACUGCGUUCCCCAGUGCUGAAGUUAAACAGAAAUUGGAGAAACUAGGAGCAGUAAUAGUAUCAGACGUGAUGCAAUGCUCCGUGGUACUGACGGUGUCGAUAAAGCGUACGUUCAAGUUGCUGUGUGCGGUGGGGCUCGGCCGGCCCAUCGUCGGGCCCAGCUGGGUGCAGGCCUGCGUAGACACGAAAAUUAUUGUCGAUCCGUGGCUAUACUUGAUGAAAGACGAGUCGGCCGAGAAGCGAUUCCAGUUCAGUUUGCAGAAGACAUUGUCAAGCAAGCGAAACUUCUUGAAAGGUUACAAUGUCUCGUCCACGCCUAACGUGCAACCAAAUGCCUCGGAGAUGAAAUUAAUAGUGGAAUGUUCGGGCGGUACAUGGAAGGAGGGCGGAAGUAACUGGAUCUGCGUAUCCUGUCCCAAAGACAACGCCACGUGGCCCUCGCUCCGGAAGCGAGGAGCCACUGUCGUGUCCACGGAGUUCAUACUCGGCGGCGUUCUGCGACAGAAGAUCGAUAUAGAGAACAAUACGUUCAAAUAAAAGCUUGUAAAAAAUACGACUAAAAG